GAUUUCAUUUUCGCUAUUAUAUUUUACACUAGUGGCUAGCUGUAUGCAUCCGAAUCUACCUGAAGGAUCAAUUUCAGCUGCAACUGAAUCUCAAGGUUCAUCUUUUACUGAACAAUCAAGUUUAGCUUAUCCUGAAUCUCAAGGUUCAUUUGUUACUGAACAAUCAAGUUCAGCUGAUCCUGAAACUCCAGGUUCAGCUGCUACUGAAGGAUCAAGUUUAGCUGAUCCUAAUGAUGCGGCCAUAGAAUACGGGUUCAUGUUAUGUAGACAGAUGGCGAGCAGAUAUAGAGAUCACUUAGUUGAUCAUGUAACAAGAUACCAUUUUUACAAGUACAUGGGUGGCAAGGAAGAAGAUUAUGUUUUAAUCGAUGCGUACUCAAAGAACUUUGGGAGUCUGCAAGUUGGAAGAGCAGAUUGGAUAGGUUUAGACGAAUUUAACCUACUUUUUAAGAACCAUAGCAUCAAUAAAGGCAUACCCCUAGAAGAAUUCGUUGAACAGCGGAAUAACGUAGCGUUAGAAUCGUUACUAGCAGACCAAGCACCUUGGAAAAAAUAAAAAGAAUAAGAAAACAGGAUUAG